CUUCGAUUUCAUAAUACUGCGUCGAGGGGGGGGUGGGUGUAAAAUGACGUCAGGAUCGGGGGGUCAGUGCUGUGACCCGCUGUAGAGAGCGGAGCCGGUGUAACCCACCUCCGCUUACACCCGCGGCAGUCAGCGGUGUGUGGGAGUGUUGUCAGAAGAGCCUUCCUGCUCUGCUCCGUAACCCACCUGUUCCCACCGGUGCUCAGACCCGCAGCUCCCCGGCCUCUGUCCAGAGCGGUGCCCUCCCCCGGGCGCAGGGAAAUGGAAAUGGACGGGAUUCGGACCGGAGACCCAGCGCCGCAGGUUCACCGCGACAGCGCGCCCGGGAUGUCUGCCUCAAGUUGUUGCUCGGUCUUCACCGGCUGCCUCCGCCGCCUGCGACAGUGGAUUCCCGUCAACUACAAGGACGAGCUGGUUCACAUUUUAAGAUUAGCCGGACCCGUGAUGAUCUCUCAGCUCAUGAUUUUUCUCAUCAGCUUCGUCAGCACGGUUUUCUGCGGCCAUCUGGGGAAGACCGAGCUGGCUGGUGUGGCCCUGGCCAUCGCGGCCAUAAAUGUGAUGGGGAUCUCAAUAGGAAGUGGAUUAGCAUCUGCCUGUGACACGUUAAUAUCUCAGACGUAUGGCAGUGGGAACCUGAAGCGUGUGGGAGUCAUCUUGCAGAGAGCGAUCCUCAUCUUGCUGCUGGCCUGCUGUCCCUGCUGGGCCCUCCUGAUCAACACCGAGCCCAUCCUGCUGGCCGUGAGGCAGCGGCCAGAGGUGGCCAGGCUGUCGCAGCUCUACGUGAAGAUAUUUAUGCCUGCUCUUCCGGCAGCGUUCCUGUAUCAGCUGCAAGGCCGAUACCUGCAGAAUCAGGGUAUCAUCUUUCCCCAGGUUGUCACCGGGGCUCUGGGGAACAUCUUAAAUGCCCUCAUUAACUACGUCUUUCUCUAUGUGCUGGAGCUGGGAGUGGCCGGGUCGGCAGCAGCCAACAUGAUCUCCCAGUACUCGCUGGCAAUCCUGCUGUACGCCUACAUCCGCUGGAGGAAACUGCACCAGUCCACCUGGACAGGCUGGUCCACAGAGUGCCUGCAGGAAUGGGGCUCCUUUAUCCACCUGGCCAUUCCCAGCAUGCUCAUGUUGUGCCUGGAGUGGUGGACCUACGAGAUUGGAGGACUCUUGUGUGGGCUGGUGAGUGAAGUGGAACUGGGAUCUCAGUCCGUCAUCUAUGAACUGGCCACCAUUUCAUACAUGUUCCCCCUAGGCUUCAGCGUGGCGGCCAGUGUCCGGGUGGGGAGUGCCCUGGGAGCUGGAGACACGCAACUGGCCAAGCUCUCUGGCAAAGUCUCCAUGAUCACCGCAGUUGCGGUCUCGGUGAUAGUAGCCGUCAUCAUCGCAACUACGAAGGACGUGAUCGCCUACAUCUUCACCAACGACACGGAGAUUAUAACCCGCGUCUCCCAGGUCAUGGUUCUCUAUGCGCUGUCCCACUUCUUCGACGCCAUAGCGUGUGUGGCCGGAGGAGUCGUCAGGGGUACAGGGAAACAGAAGAUGGGCGCGAUCUGCAAUCUGGUGGGAUAUUACUUCAUCGGGUUCCCCAUUGGAGUCUCUUUGAUGUUUGCAGUAAACAUGGGAAUUAUAGGUCUGUGGACGGGCUUGUUGAUCUGUGUGGCGUUACAGUCCCUCUUCUUCGUCCUCCUCCUCGUCAAGCUCGACUGGAAAAAAGCCACAGAAGAGGCGCUGGUUAGAGCUGGGGUACAGAGCAGCACCCCCACAGAGGAGAGCAAAAUCCAGGCCAACGCUAUCAAGAACUGCGCUUAUGACUCCGUGCAGGAGACGCCGCUGGAGGACAUCAGCCGGGGGGAGGGCCACACUGACGUGGAAGCCCUGGACGAGGGCGGGGGAGGGGGCGGCGGCAGCAGCCGGACGGUGGGGGAGGUCCUGCCCUUCCGCUCGCUGGUCCUGCGCCGCGGCCUCACCCUCUGCGUCGCGCUCUUCAUCCUGGCGGCCGGAGUCAUCGUCAACCUCGUCCUGACCAACAUCCUCGGCUGACUUGGGACACACCUCGGCUGACUUGGGACUCACAGGGGGGACACCCCGGCCGAAAUUCCGGCGGCUUGUCCCACCGGACCUGGAAAGGGGGCGCGCUCCAACAGCUGAGUGCCCCCAGGCCCUUGGAAUCGCCAGUGCCCACAGCAACGCUGUCACGUCGCUCGUAGGCGAGAGGGAGAGCGUCCGGAACAGCCACUCCACUGAAACAACAGGCAUCAGACAGUUAUUCUGACACCAGACCUGACUUUCCGCAUACCUGCAUUUUGGAAAACACUCAAUAACAUCAAAACUUGCUCAAAAUUUUUGCUGCAAUAGGUUUAAGAUAUUUUUAGUUGCACUGAACAAGAAAACAAAAUCAAACCUUUUCUGGCUAGUCUGAUUACAAGAGACGUGUUGUGGCUUACACAGAGGGUCACAUACACCAUGAGCCUCACGAGGAUCUUUAGAAGACAUCAUUGCUGCUUGUAUCCAGCAAAGUGGUUAUCAUAAAAGUGGAUUUAUGACUUUGCAAAAGCUGUUUUGUAUGUCUUGGCAAACACUUUUUUUCUUUAAAAUUUAAAUUUUCAAAAAUGAACUGAAUUCAAAUACA